AAAAGAAAAGAGUGCAAAUGAUGAUUUGCUUCGUCUUGAGAAGCAUGUUAUGUUAGUAUUCUCGCUUAAUAAAACUUUUACUCAGGAUUAUUUUACAACCUAUGUUCACUCAAAUAUUCAUAGCUUGGGAUAGUAAUCUUAAAUAUCUGAAGAAUAUAAAAUGGGUAAAGCGAAAAAAGGUCGCAAAGCAGGAAAAGGAGACGUAAGUGAAUCCGAAGAAGAGACCUUAACUACUACAGUCGAAAGUACUGAGAACAAUGCAUUCAAUAAAAAGACCGACAAUGUUUCUAAGGAACAAUCUGAAAAAGUCAAUGGUGAUUCGAAGAAGGAGAAGAAAGCUAAAUUGAAAAAAUCGAAAAAUGAGGAGUCCGAUUCUGAGGACGAUAAACCUGUGGUCUCAAAAAUCCAAAAAUCCUUUGCUCUUCUUAGUGUAGAAGAUGAUGUAUCUGAUGAGAAUAUCAAUGGAGAUGAUACUGAAAAAGAAGUGAAAUCAAAGGCAAAAUCAACAAGGAAUAAUGAAAAAUCAAAGGAACAGCUCAUCAGGAAAGGUAAAAAGGCCAGGAGAAAAAAAGAAGAUAGCGAUGAAGAAAUUGAAAGGGCUUUAGCUGAAAUAGCAUUAGAGCAUUCUGGUAUCAAUGAGGAAAAAAAUAAUUCAGAUCCCCAAGUCAAAGAAAAGAAUGAAAAUGUAGAAAUUUCCGAUGAUAAAAAGUCUAAGAAGAAGAAAAAAGAUAGGCAAACUGAAGAACCUUCAGUAGAAAACACAGUAUCAGAUAAAAAAGAAGACGGUGCUAAAGAAGAUAAUGAAUCAGGUAUUAAAACAGCAGCUCAAAAAAAGAAAGAGAAGAGAGAAAAACAGAAGAAGAAAGCUUCUUGUAAUAAUGCUGAAGGGGCUGCGGAAGAAGUUGAAAAAGAAACUAAAGAAGCUGAUAUAGAGGCUGAGCAAGACAAUGAAAAGGAUUCCAAGAAAAAAAAGAAGAAAACGGCAAAAGAUGAAAAAGAAGCCAAAGAGUCCAAGAAAGGACCUGGAAAGAAAGCAUUAGCUGCUAUGCAAGAGGCACUGCAGAAGAUAAAAGAAGAAGAAGAACGUCUCAAACGUGAGGAGGAGGAAAGAAUAAGAAGAGAAGAAGAAGCAGAGAAAGCAAGGCUGGAAGCUUUGAGAUUAGAACAAGAGAGAAAAGAAAGAAAAAAACAGAAAGAAAAGGAACGUAAGGAACGAUUGAAAGCAGAGGGGAAGUUACUCACUGCUAAACAGAAGGCUGAUCGAGCUAGAGCACAAGCGCUUAUAGAUAGUUUGAAGGCUCAAGGUGUUGAACUUCCUGAUGUAGGAACAAAAAAACCUAGACCUGGCACCAGGGUCAAGCCUAGCAAGCCGAAACCGCAGCCAAAAGAAGAAAAGUCCCAGGAGGAACCUGAAAAGCAAGAAGUCCCAGUUGAGGUAGAAAUUGUAGAAACAACUCCAGAAGUUACGACCCAAGUAGAGCCUGAAGAUGAUGUAAAAGAUGCUUGGGAUGCAUCGUCCGAUGAGGACGAUAAUUCAGAGGAAACACCUACAACAGAAACUAAAAAGGCAAGUUCUAAAUCCUCUGAAGAAAAGAGCAAAGAAGAUUUGGAAGAAGAGAGUAGUUCUGAGGAGUCGGAGAGCGAAGAUUCUGAAUCAGAUGAUCACGAUAAUGAUGAAGAUGAUCGAACACCUGCUCAGAAGGCAAGAGAUAAGGCUCUCGAGAGAAUUAGGCUGAGGAAAGAAGAGGCUGAAAAGAAUAGAACAGUAGACAAUUUGAGAGCAGCUAUUGUUUGCGUAUUAGGACAUGUAGAUACUGGUAAAACUAAAAUUUUGGACAAAUUGAGAAGAACAAACGUCCAGGAUGGAGAAGCCGGGGGGAUUACUCAGCAAAUUGGUGCAACAAAUGUGCCAAUCGAAGCCAUCAAAGAGAAUAUAAGAAUGGUGAAAGGAGCUAGUGAGAUGCCUCUUAGAAUACCCGGCCUACUCAUUAUUGACACACCAGGACAUGAAUCUUUCAGCAAUCUCAGAAACAGAGGAUCAUCUCUUUGUGAUAUAGCCAUCCUAGUUGUAGAUAUUAUGCACGGACUCGAACCUCAGACAAUUGAGUCCAUUAAUAUUCUGAAGAAAAGGAAAACACCCUUCAUCGUAGCUUUGAAUAAAAUUGAUAGAUUGUAUGAUUGGAACACAAUGAAUAGAAAAGAUAUCAGAGAUAUUCUAAAAGCUCAAGCACAGAAUACACAAAACGAAUUCGAAACACGUACUAAAGACGUCAUUGUACAGUUUGCUCAGCAAGGAUUAAACGCCGCUCUAUUUUUCGAGAAUCCAGAUAUUCGAAGCUAUGUUUCUUUAGUACCCACAAGCGCAAUUACUGGUGAAGGAAUGGGAAAUUUGUUAGCCCUCAUAGUGGAGUUUUGUCAAAAUAGAUUGCCACAGCGACUGAUGUAUUCGGAUGAAUUACAAGCCACAGUUCUGGAAGUCAAGGCCAUUUCUGGAUUGGGUACUACCAUUGAUGUUAUUUUGGUUAAUGGAACUCUUCGAGAAGGGGACACUAUGUUAUGUGCAGGAACAGACGGACCUAUCGUAACACAAAUAAGAAGCUUGUUAAUGCCUCAGCCUAUGAAAGAGCUGCGUGUCAAGAAUGCCUACAUCGAGUAUCGUGAAAUUAAAGCUGCCCAAGGAGUGAAAAUAGCUGCUAAAGAAUUGGAGAAAGCCAUAGCUGGUCUUAAUCUUUACGUCGCUAACAAGCCCGAUGAAGUUGAAAUCUUGAAAGAAGAAGUAGCUAAGGAACUAAAAUCUGCUCUGUCCAACAUCAAACUUCAAGAGAGGGGAGUUUAUGUGCAGGCAUCUACUCUAGGAUCUCUUGAAGCACUUCUAGACUUUUUGAGGACCAGCAAAAUUCCUUACUCUGGUAUCAGGAUCGGACCUGUUGUUAAGAAAGACGUUAUGAAGGCGUCUAUCAUGCUGGAACAUGACAGUCAGUAUGCCACUAUAUUAGCAUUUGACGUGAAAGUGGAAAAGGACGCUCAAGAACUGGCCGAUAGUUUGGGAGUAAAGAUAUUCCAAGCAGACAUUAUCUAUCAUCUUUUUGAUAAAUUCACCGCCUAUAGGGAAGAACUAAAGGCGAGAAAACGCGAAGAAUUCAAACACAUCGCCGUGUUCCCUUGCAAAUUGAGGAUACUGCCCAAUUGCAUCUUCAACUCUAGGGAUCCGAUUGUUUGUGGUGUGAUGGUAGAGGCCGGAGUGGUGAGGGAAGGUACCCCGAUUUGUGUACCAUCCAAAGAGUUCCUAGACGUUGGAAUAGUCACUAGUGUAGAGAGUAAUCACAAACCCGUUGAAAAUGCGAGAAAAGGCAUGGAAGUAUGUGUUAAAAUCGAACCUAUUCCUGGUGAAUCCCCCAAGAUGUUUGGCAGACAUUUCGAUGAAAAAGAUAUGUUGGUUAGUAAGAUAUCCCGUCAAUCAAUUGAUGCCUGUAAGGACUACUUCAGAGAUGAUUUGUUGAAGUCUGACUGGCAGUUGAUGGUGGAACUGAAGAAAGUGUUUCAAAUUUUGUAGAAUUUGGAUAUUUGUAUGAAUUUUUAUCUUUCAAGAAAAAAAUCCAAUUGUGAAUAUUGAUGUAUUCAUAAAUAUCAAGAUGUUAUCCGUCUAUAUCGAUUUUGUUCAACUUGAUGCAUUCUCGAUAUUGUUUCAUUACUGAUAUGAACAAUGAUUCGUGUUGUCAGUUUGAGUAACUAUGUGAAAUUGAAGUUUUAAAAUAUUCUUCAGUUUAGUCAACUCUAAAGAGUUCCAAAUUAUUUUUAUCGAAAAAAUUAAGAGGUACAUUGAUAAUAAAAAAACUAUUUGCA